UGUGACGCAACGGGGCGGUGCGGGCAGCUGGCUGCGCGUGCGCAGAACUCGCACAAAGGGCCUUAUUUAGGUUGCGCAGGCGCCCGCUGGCCAUUUCGUCUUAGCCACGCAGGAGUCCGGUUUCUGGGUGAGUCUUGUUUGUUUCGACGCCGGACCCCGUAAGAGACGAUGAUGUUGGGCACCGAAGGCGGAGAGGGAUUCGUGGUGAAGGUCCGGGGCUUGCCCUGGUCUUGCUCGGCCGAUGAAGUGCAGAGGUUUUUUUCUGACUGCAAAAUUCAAAAUGGGGCUCAAGGUAUUCGUUUCAUCUACACCAGAGAAGGCAGACCAAGUGGCGAGGCUUUUGUUGAACUUGAAUCAGAAGAUGAAGUCAAAUUGGCCCUGAAAAAAGACAGAGAAACUAUGGGACACAGAUAUGUUGAAGUAUUCAAGUCAAACAACGUUGAAAUGGAUUGGGUGUUGAAGCAUACUGGUCCAAAUAGUCCUGACACGGCCAAUGAUGGCUUUGUACGGCUUAGAGGACUUCCCUUUGGAUGUAGCAAGGAAGAAAUUGUUCAGUUCUUCUCAGGGUUGGAAAUCGUGCCAAAUGGGAUAACAUUGCCGGUGGACUUCCAGGGGAGGAGUACGGGGGAGGCCUUCGUGCAGUUUGCUUCACAGGAAAUAGCUGAAAAGGCUCUAAAGAAACACAAGGAAAGAAUAGGGCACAGGUAUAUUGAGAUCUUUAAGAGCAGUAGAGCUGAAGUUAGAACUCAUUAUGAUCCACCACGAAAGCUUAUGGCCAUGCAGCGGCCAGGUCCCUAUGACAGACCUGGGGCUGGCAGAGGGUAUAACAGCAUUGGCAGAGGAGCUGGCUUUGAGAGGAUGAGGCGCGGUGCUUAUGGUGGAGGCUAUGGAGGCUAUGACGAUUACAAUGGCUAUAAUGAUGGCUAUGGAUUUGGGUCAGAUAGAUUUGGAAGAGACCUCAAUUACUGUUUUUCAGGAAUGUCUGAUCACAGAUACGGGGAUGGUGGCUCUACUUUCCAGAGCACAACAGGACACUGUGUACACAUGCGUGGAUUACCUUACAGAGCUACUGAGAAUGACAUUUAUAAUUUUUUUUCACCACUCAAUCCUGUGAGAGUACACAUUGAAAUUGGUCCUGAUGGCAGAGUAACUGGUGAAGCAGAUGUCGAGUUUGCAACUCAUGAAGAUGCCGUGGCAGCUAUGUCAAAAGACAAAGCAAAUAUGCAACACAGAUAUGUAGAACUCUUCUUGAAUUCUACAGCAGGAGCAAGCGGUGGUGCUUACGGUAGCCAAAUGCUAGGAGGCAUGGGUUUGUGUAAAUAUCACUUUAGUGUCUUUUUUUUUAAGCUAACCUUGUAUGCUUUUUCUCUCAUUUCAGAACACAGAUAUGUAGAACUCUUCUUGAAUUCUACAGCAGGAGCAAGCGGUGGUGCUUAUGGUAGCCAAAUGAUGGGAGGCAUGGGCUUGUCAAACCAGUCCAGUUAUGGUGGCCCAGCCAGCCAGCAGCUGAGUGGUGGUUAUGGAGGCGGCUAUGGUGGCCAGAGCAGCAUGAGUGGAUACGACCAAGUUUUACAGGAAAACUCCAGUGAUUUUCAAUCAAACAUUGCAUAGGUAACCAAGGAGCAAUGAACAGCAGCUACUACAGUAGUGGAAGCCGUGCAUCUAUGGGCGUGAACGGAAUGGGAGGGAUGUCUAGCAUGUCCAGUAUGAGUGGUGGAUGGGGAAUGUAAUUGAUCUAUCCUGAUCACUGACUCUUGGUCAACUUUUUUUUUUAAGAAAAAAAACUUCAGUUUAACAGUUUCUGCAAUACAAGCUUGUGAUUUAUGCUUACUCUAAGUGGAAAUCAGGAUUGUUAUGAAGACUUAAGGCCCAGUAUUUUUGAAUACAAUACUCAAUCUAGGAUGUAACAGUGAAGCUGAGUAAACUAUAACUGUUAAACUUAAGUUCCAGCUUUUCUCAAGUUAGUUAUAGGAUGUACUUAAGCAGUAAGCGUAUUUAGGUAAAAGCAGUUCAAUUAUGUUAAAUGUUGCCCUUUGCCACGUUACAUUGAACACUGUUUGGAUGCAUGUUGAAAGACAUGCUUUUAUUUUUUUGUAAAACUCAAUAUAGGAGCUAUGUCUACAAUUAAAAGUGAAACAUUUUGGCAUGUUCGUUAAUUCUAGUUUCAUUUAAUAACCUGUAAGGCACGUAAGUUUAAGCUUUUAUUUCUUUCCUUUUUUUUAAGUUAAUGGGAAAAUUUUGAGACGCAAUACCAGUACUUUAGGAUUUUGGUCUUGGUGUUUGUAUGAAAUUCUGAGGCCUUGAUUUAAAUCUUUCAUUGUAUUGUGAUUUCCUUUUAGGUAUAUUGCGCUAAGUGAAACUUGUCAAAUAAAUCCUCCUUUUAAAAACUGCA